AUGGGGCAGCAUGAUGUUACGCGUGGGUGGGGGCGUGGCAUGCUUAUCUUUGGUAAUCCCGUGGGUACCCAGUUUUCUGGAAGUCUCAUGGCGCUUACAUUUCGUAAGCCUAUGGGUACCAGCUUUCUGCUGCAGUCUCGUAGUAGGGCCGAAGUAUUUUGUUUAAGUAUAAAUCGUAAAAUAAAUCGUAAUUAG